AGGGCGUUCCCUGGCCUGUGUGGCGCGCCGGGCUCGAGUCCCCAAGGCCCAGGCUAGGCCUCCGGACGAGGGCGCGCUCCUUAGGGCUCUAUCGGCGGACGUUAUAAUCGAGGCCCGGUCAGCGUCAGAGCCAGGGGCCCUGCCUAGAGCGACCGUCACAGCCGUGCUCGGAGCGGACGGCGGAGACCCUGCCCUGGGGCGCGGAGUGGUCUCCCCGCUUCAGGGCGUCGGUGGGGACGCCCUACUCCCGGGGCGCUCGCUCACGGAAGUGACUCCCUGUUCCAAGGGCGCUCUCGGUGGGGACUCCCUGCCACCCGAGGAGCAGGGGGAGCACACACCGAGGUGACCCUCUUCUUCUGGGGCAUUCAAGGAGGGGAUCCCUGCCCUUAGGAGCUUGUUCACGAAGCAGUCCCCACUAUCCUGUUGGUUGUUGGAAACGGAAUCUUCUCAUUGGUUUUCGUUUUAUGCUGGUCCUUCCCCUAAGAUGGUGCAUGCAGUGAAAUCAUUGACAAUUAAAUGCAAUUAAAGCCUGGACACCUGGAAAAGGAAUUCUCAAGGUAUGGAUGAUAAAGGGCACCCGAGCAGUGAGGAGGCACCCAAGGCUAUUAAACCCACCAGUAAAGAGUUCAGGAAAACCUGGGGGUUUCGAAGAACCACAAUUGCCAAGCGUGAGGGCGCUGGAGACACAGAGGCAGACCUGAGUGAGCAGCCCCCACAACAGCACAGCCUCUCCCUGCGCCGCAGUGGGCGGCAGCCAAAGCGCACAGAACGGGUAGAAGAGUUCCUUACCACAGUUCGGCGCCGAGGGAGAAAGAACGUGCCAGUCUACCUGGAGGAUUCCAGUGAGCCCACGUCCUCUGUAGUUACCGAUGUGGAAACCGCCUCAGAGGGGAGUGUUGAGAGCAGUUCUGAGAUCAGAAGUGGCCCCACGCCUGGUUCCUCAGGGAAGGAACGUUCUCCCCAAAAGACCAAAGGAGGUGACGAGGAAGAAGACACCUCUGACAGUGACAGUGACGGCCUUACUUUGAAGGAACUUCAGAACCGCCUUCGGAAAAAGCGGGAACAAGAACCAGGGGAGAAACCCCUGAGAGGCAUCCAGAAUCGUCUGCGGAAAAAGUGUCAGGAGGAGGACUCUGCUGAAACUGGGGGUAUCCAGACGAGUAGUGCUGACCAGGACACACCUCCUUGUAAGCAGGACUCUGAGGCUAGUCAGGGACUGGUGUCCCAGUCAGAGAAAGAUGACAGAGAAAAUCAGUCGGAGGGGAAAGCAACUCAGGGAAGCAAAGAGGAAAGCCCCAAGGAUGCAGGCAAACCGAAGCCUGAGUGUGAGGUGUAUGACCCCAAUGCCCUGUACUGCAUCUGUCGCCAGCCUCACAACAACAGAUUUAUGAUCUGCUGUGACCGAUGUGAGGAGUGGUUCCAUGGUGACUGUGUGGGCAUUUCUGAGGCCCGAGGGAGGCUCCUGGAAAGGGAUGGGGAAGACUACAUCUGCCCAAACUGCACCAUUCUGCAAGUCCAGGAUGAGCCAGGUGCUGGUGCCACUGAUGAGCAGGAUGCUGGGUGUAGACCCAUAGGUGCUGAUGGCACAGACUGUACAAGUAUAGGAACAGUAGAGCAGAAGUCUGGUGAAGACCAGGGAAUAAAGGGUAGAAUUGAAAAGGCGGCAAAUCCCAGCGGCAAGAAAAAACUCAAGAUAUUUCAGCCUGUCGUAGAGGCUCCUGGUGCUGCUAGGUGCAUUGGCCCUGGGUGCUCAAAUGUAGCACAGACUGAUUCAGUCUAUUGCAGUAAUGAUUGCAUUCUCAGACAUGCAGCAGCUACCAUGAGAUUUCUAAGUUCAGGUAAAGAACAAAAACCAAAACCUAAGGAAAAGGUCAAGAUGAAGCCAGAAAAGCUCAGUCUUCCAAAGUGCAGUGCUCAGGCAGGGAUUAAAAUCUCUUCUGUGCACAAGAGACUAGCUCCAGAGAAAAAAGAAAACCCUGUGAAGAAGGUGAUGGCGGCUCCUAGGAGUGAAACUUCUGGGAAGGAGGUAACCUGUGAAAGUACCACGCCAUCCUGGGCAAGUGACCACAACUAUAAUGCUGUGAAGCCUGAGAAGCCCACCACACUCUCACCCACCCUGUUGAGUAAAUCCACCAAGGAUGACCGGAGAGUGGAGGACAGAGCAGUGGCAGCAGCUGCAGCCCCAAAGAAAACUGCUCCCCCAGGCUCCUUGAUGGGCAGACAGCCUUCACCUAGAAAUCCUGUUACAAAGAAGCUUCCUCCCUUUGCUAACAUGGCAGGAGCCAAACCAGCCAGUAAGAAGCUGCCCUUAGGCUUCAAGGGUACCAUCCCUAAGAGGCCAUGGCCCUCAGCCACCCCAUCGGGCACAGCUGCCAGGCCGACAGGACCAACACCUAUGACUAUAACAGCUGCUUCCAAAAAGUUGCCUGGCUCUGCUGCUCUGGUGGGAGUCGUCAGGAAGCCAAUGUCCACAAAUGUUCCUUCAGCCUCUCCAGCCCCAGGACGCCUUGGGCCUGGGGGCCCUGCCCCAUCGCAGCCCAAUUCACAAAUUCGGCAAAAUAUAAGACGCUCCUUGAAAGAGAUUUUGUGGAAAAGAGUCAGUGACAGCGAUGAUUUAAUAAUGACAGAAAAUGAAGUAGGAAAAAUUGCUCUCCAUAUCGAGAAAGAGAUGUUUAACCUAUUCCAGGUUACAGAUAAUCGCUACAAGAGCAAAUACCGCAGCAUCAUGUUCAACCUGAAGGAUCCUAAGAAUCAGGGUCUCUUCCAUCGUGUUCUGCGUGAAGAAAUCUCCUUGGCCAAACUCGUGAGAAUGAAGCCUGAAGAGCUGGUAUCUAAGGAGCUUUCCAUGUGGAAAGAGAGGCCAACCAAGCCUGUGAUUGAGUCCAGGACUAAGUUACUUAAUGAGAACAAGAAGAAUACCACUAAGCCAGAAACCAUUCCUGACAUGGAAGAUUCUCCACCAGUAUCAGAUUCAGAUGAACAGCAAGAGUUGGUGCGCACUGCCCCCGAGAGGAGUACGGCGCCUCUUCUUGAUGUUGUCAGCAGCAUGCUCAAGGAUACCACCAGUCAGCACCGGGCCCAUCUUUUUGAUCUAAACUGUAAAAUUUGUACAGGUCAGGUUCCAUCAUCUGAGGAGGAGCCAGCUCCUAAAAAGCAAAAACUUGUAGCUUCUAAGAAAGAAGACUUGAAAUCCAAGUACGACAGCUCUUCUGAUCCAGUUCCUAACACUGCUGAUGAAGGGAUUUCAGAGACUCUGCUUGAAAGUGCCUCUGAGCCAGAUCUGGAAAGUAUGUCUGGUCUGAACCAGGAAAGAAAGUGCUUCCCUGGGCCUCCAGGAGAUAGCCAUCCUGAGCCUUCCCCACUGGAUGGCCCCUCUCCUUGCCCUGCCUCUGGUGGGAGUGGGGUGGUCACCACGGUCACCGUGUCUGGCCGAGACCCCAGGACCGUUCUGAGUGGGUCAUGCACAGUCACAGCCUCCAUGGCAACCAACCUGGACAGCACCCACACAGCAGAAACCAAACCGGACGUGCUAAAGCCUGCUUUGACUCCUGCAGUAGUGCCCAAGUCCAUCCUGGCUAAGCCAUCCUCCUCUCCUGACCCAAGAUACUUGUCAGUGCCGCCAUCACCAAACCCCAGCGUCUCAGAAUCACGAUCCCCUCCAGAAGGAGACACGACCCUCUUUUUGUCUCGACUCAGCACCAUUUGGAAAGGAUUUAUUAACAUGCAGAGUGUAGCGAAAUUUGUUACUAAGGCGUAUCCUGUCUCUGGGUGUUUGGAUUAUCUCAGUGAGGAUUUGCCAGACACCAUUCACAUUGGAGGGAGGAUUGCUCCAAAAACAGUUUGGGAUUACGUUGGCAAGCUCAAGUCUUCCGUGUCUAAGGAGCUCUGUCUGAUUCGUUUUCACCCCGCUACAGAGGAGGAAGAGGUCGCCUACAUUUCUCUCUACUCCUAUUUUAGCAGCCGUGGCCGCUUUGGGGUUGUAGCUAAUAACAACAGGCAUGUCAAGGACCUCUACCUGAUUCCACUGAGUGCUAAGGACCCUGUGCCAUCCAAACUCUUACCCUUUGAGGGCCCAGGUCUUGAGUCACCACGUCCAAAUAUAAUCCUUGGGUUAGUAAUCUGUCAGAAAAUAAAACGUCCUUCAAGUGCUGGAGAGUUAGACAAGACAGAUGAGAAACGGCCUCGACUCCAGCAAGAAGAAAUGGAAACUUCAGUUUAUCCCAAAGUGACUACAGCCCCACCAUCUGAGAAGAAGCCCCCCAAGUACCAGCUCCACUCUGCAGACACAGCUGCCAGCACCACGCCCCCUGGCUCUCCUCCACCCCCACCCCCUCUUCCUGAACCCCCAGUGUUGAAGAUCCUGUCGUCCCUCAAGCCAGGACCCACCAGCACCACCACAGCGCCCACCACAGCAGCAGCAGUCACUGCCUCAGCUUCCCCUGUCACUUCCACCACUUCGAAAACAGCCUCACCACUGGAGCACAUCUUGCAGACUCUGUUUGGGAAGAAGAAAUCUUUUGAGCCCCCUGCCAAAGAGUCUGCUGGUUCUGCUCUAGCCCCGUAUCAGGAUUCCAAAGUCAAGGGGGAGGAUGCCAUGUCCGCAGCUCCUCUGUUAGAUCCAAUUGUUCAACAGUUUGGUCAGUACUCAAAAGACAAGGCUUUGGAGGAGGAGGAGGAAGACGAUAGGCCCUAUGACCCUGAAGAAGAAUACAACCCAGAGCGAGCCUUUCACGCUCCAGUUACUGAGCCAGGGAGGCACCUCGACAUGGAAAAGGCUCCUGAGACAGCCGAAAGGGAAGAGGUGGCCUAUGACCCAGAGGAUGAGACCAUCCUAGAAGAAGCCAAAGUGACCAUUGAUGACCUGCCUAAUCGAAUGUGCAUGAAAGGCAACUCCACAGAGAGGCCUACAGACUUCACCACCGAUGCCUCCAGUGCCUCUCUGGUAGAGCAGCAGAAAAUGUUGGAAGAGCUGAACAAACAGAUUGAGGAGCAAAAGAGGCAGCUGGAGGAGCAAGAGGAAGCUCUCAGGCAGCAGAGGGCUGCUGUCGGCGUCUCCAUGGCCCACUUCUCUGUAUCAGACGCACUGAUGUCACCACCUCCCAAGACCUCCCUGGCCAAGGUAGAGCUGUUCUCCCAGGAACAGCAGCCCCAGGACCUGAGUCAGGGAGCCCUGGGGACCAAUCACAGCUCAGACUCAAGGCAGAGUAGGGACCCACGGCAGGCCAGGAGGCUGGCUACUGAGAACAUCGAGAUUGAGCCUCUUCCCAGGGCCCCUGUGGGCAGCACACCUGGUUCACAGGGCACCCUGCCUGUCAGAGAUAUGCCUGCUGGGGCCACAGCAGCCCAGGGGCCUGGGCUGGCCGCAGAAGCCAAGGAGUCAGGGACUGUUACCUGGGCUCCAGGUGAAAAGGCCACACUGCGGCCUGAGCAUGACAACCAGAGGUGUGAGCACCCUGGGAACCCAGUACUGCUGCCCCUGGAGAGCAGCCAUCCUUCUGCAGCUGGGGAUGGCACAGCCAGGCCAGCCCCGCCCCGAAGAGUGCUGCUGCCCACACCCCCUAGCACUACCUUCUCACCUGGCUUCCCUCUGCAAACUGAAAUCUCUGGGGGCAGGGAGCCCUUCUCGGGGCCCAUGUUUCUGCCUCAGGAAAAAUCUCUUGGCUCGUCCCAGUAUGAGGACUCUCGGGGUGUUCAGUCUGUUGGAAAGAGUGACAGCCCAGCAGCUGACCCUGAAGGCAGCAGAGAGCCACAGCCCAGGCCUGGUGAAGGCACUGCUCCAUUCCCCGCCACUGGGCAGAGAGGAGGAGGCCCUCAGCCUCAGUUUCCUGGCCAGCGUGAACCUGUACCACACACUUUUGGGAUGUCAGGACAUCAUGGCCCAAAUUUCCCGGGCCCUAGGGUACCAGUCCCUCCAUUUUCAGAAGAGAAUAUUGUUCCCAACAGUGAUGGACCAAGAGGCCCUCCACCUGCCAGGUUUGGGUCCCAGAAGGGGCCCAUCCCAUCCCUAUUCUCCGGUCAACACGGGCCACCGCCCUAUGGGGACAGCAGGGGGGCCUCGCCUUCUUACCUUGGUGGACCCAGAGGAGGAGCACCAGGCCAGUUUGAAGACCGCAAGGAUCCGUAUGGGGAGAAAAGAGAGUUCCAGGACACCUCCUACAAUGAGAUGGCUGGUGCCCCUGCCCAGUGCGAAGGGCCAGAGCAGGCCCAGUUCAUGGGGAACAGAGCUCCCUUCCAGUUUGGAGGAGGCCAGAGACGGCCACUGCUGACCCAGAUGAAAGGACCCCGAGGCCCUCCACCCACUCAGUUUGGAGGCCAGAGGGGACCACCUCCAGGCCAUUUUGUUGGCCCGCGUGGACCCCAUCCUAGUCAGUUUGAACCAGCGCGGGGCCCUCACCCGGGCCAGUUUGAAGGAUCUAGAGGCCAAGCACCAGGCUUUAUGCCUGGCCCUCGCGGGGUUCAGCCCCAGCAGUUCGAAGAGCAGAGAGUGAACUCGCCACCCCGGUUUGGAGGUCAGCGUGCACCCGCACCCCUGCCGUACGGGGCGCCCCGGGGCCCCGUGCCGUUCGUGGAGAAGAGUGAGCAGACGCCGUCCCGGUUUCACUUUCCAGGCCCGCCUUCGCAGGCCGGGAAGCCGCCCCCUCGGCCGCUGCUGGAGCUCCCCAGCCACCCUCCGCAGCACCGGAAGGACCGCUGGGACGAGGCUGGCGCGCCCGGCCUGCCUGCCAGUGCUGGGCCUGCACCGGGCCCCGACGCCGACGGGCCGUGGGCCCCGGAGUUCCGGGACGGCAAAGGCCACGAGUACCGGAGCUCAGCCUUCGAGGGGAGGCCCCGGGAACGCUUCGAGGUCGGGCCGAAAGACAAGCCUCUGGACGAGCCGGAGGCCCAGGGGCCGGAGAGCCGGCAGGGCCGGGUGUUCGAGGACCGCAGGCGAGAGCGGGAGCGGGGCAGGAACUGGAGCCGCGAGAGAGACUGGGAGAGGUGCCGCGAGUGGGACCGACACCGCGAGAAGGACUGUGGCCGCGAGUGGGACCGGGGCCGGGAGCGCAGCUCCAACAGGGACAAGGAACGGGACGACCGCGGGAAGGACUGGGAUCGAGGCCGAGAGAGGAGCAGAAACCGCGACCGCGACCGGAGGCGAGACCGAGACAGGUCCCGGAGUAGGGACCGGGACCGAGACAGAGCCCGAGACAGGGACCGGGACCGGGACCGAGGCCGGGACCGGAAGGACCGCAGCAAGAGCAGGGAGAGCGCUCGGGACCUGAAGCCAGAGUCCAGAGCCUGCGAUGGGGACUCUGCUGCUGCCCAGGCCUAGAGGCCAUUGCACCCAGAGCAGGUGCAGACGAAGACCUCACUCCUACCAACUAUUCAUGUGUAUAGGCUCAGCCUGGCAAAGACCUUUAAAAAGCCAAGUUCAUAAAAUCUUGAACAAAGUUUUUGAAAUCGCUAUGAACUUAGAUGCGGGAUAGACUAUUCUGGACUUCAGGAAUUACUGUAAUUCUGUGUAUAAUGGUUUGUUACAAAAUUUCCCAUCUUUACAAUUCUGAUGUUUUUUUUUUUAAUUUCCAUUUAAGAUUACAGAAAUGGGAAAGUGUCUACAAAAGCAUAUUGCUUUUCAGAUUAUAAAGUUAUCUUUUCCAGUAACUUGACUGGUGUACAUUUUAAGGGGAUUUCAGUGGACCUUCCGGUUGUCCUUAUCACUCCAAGUGCUGUCCUGGGUGGUUAGCAUCACUGGCAGUGAGCGGCUACAGCUGCAGGGGUCAGGCCUUCCUAGCUUCCCUGGAAUCUAUCAACUAGAGAUUUUUUUUCAAAAACAAUUAGAAACAGUAUCUGUCCUAGUGGAAACUUGCAUUUAAAAUAACUUUUUAAAUGUUCAAUUUUAUCAGCCUUUGAUCUGCAGAGGCAGGCAGACCUCUGUAAGUUACAGGCCAGCUGGGGCUAUAGGGAGACCAGGGAUGUGGGAAGGAGCAAUGUUUGUACCAAGUCUGGGAAGGAGGAAGAUGGCCGGGAAGCAGGCUCCUUCCUAAAGGACUGCUAAAGCUGUGCAGCCCCCGGUGCAGUGAGAAGCCAGCUAACGUGCAAAUUCGUUUGAUAGUUCUUUUUAUAGUUUCAUAAAUUUACUUUUUCAGAUAGAAAAUUAGAGCGCUUUGUUCGUCCCUUGGAGACUUUUCCAUUGUGCAUCACUACAGACAUUUCACUUUAUAGCACAAUUUUUAUGUUGAGAAGACGAAGAACGCAGCAAGCUGAGACGCUUGCUCUUACAAACCCACUGUCAGUAGCUUCAACCACACAAAAGUGUCAGUUUCAGCAUCUAAUAACGCGAAGUUUUUUUAAAAUAUAAAGCAAAUUUUUCUAAUUUAAAUACAUGUAAAAAAUCGAGUGUUUCUUUAGGUUUACUUAAUAGAAAUUUCUGUAAAUCGUAUUUUGUAUUGCAGAGUGUUAUAUCACUGUACAUUAAAACAGGACUCCAUAGGUUUUGUUACUUGAAGUAGAAUAAACAACUACAGAAUUCU